UUGACGUGGACUGCGUAUGUUCAAGUGUGGCGUGACAUCGAAGGGCAUAAUAUGGUGGUCGUUAGCGCUUAUCUUUUUUGACAGUCUGCAGAUAGAAAGAAGGGAGACUAUAGUGAUCCACAACCGCUAAUGAGAGGUUUGCUCCGUCUGUAGCUGUGGCCAUGGUGACGCUAGUUUUAUUUGAAGCUUCAUGUAAAGACUCCCCCAAUCACCCUCCCAUGUGAAAACUGAGGAGGCGUUUUUCGUGUGUCUCUUGCCAGAGUACAGUUGUACGUAUUGUGUCCAGCUCUUAUCAGAGGAAUGAAGUCUCUCAGGGCGACGAUGGUGCUGAAGGAAUUCCAUCCUGAUAAAAAGUCUCCAAGUCCGUUCAAACGUUUUGGUUCCCAUCAGGUCCAGCGGGCAAGAGGUGAAACAGGGGGCGAGGGGUGUCUGGAUGGUGCGUUUUGGUUUGUGAGGUGUUGACAGACCGCCAUGUAGGCGAGAAGGACGACAAAAGUCACAAACAUUCCAAGACGGACAUGGCAGGCGGGAAUUCUUUUGGACUUCCAUGAUCCAAUGUUUUUAGCUUUAGCUAUAGUGUAACACGUGUUACAGGACAAUAAAUUUUGUGUUACCUGAAACACAAGAGGAUGCUAAGCUAAAUAUGUUAAACAGAUGAAAUUUAGACCUGGACAAUGUAACUUAUAAAACAAUGGCCCAAUGCACCAACAUUUUCAACUUCAGACAACCUUUUUGGACUACGAAAUUAGAUGUGAGCUAAUGUUAUCGGGUUAGAGGACAAAAAAAUUAAGGGAAACACAAUGGGCCUCGCCAAUAACUUUAAUUAGCCUAAGCUAAGCUAACUAUGCUGCACACAUGUGAGAAAAUGUUCAUCUCCCUCUCCUGUCAGCGACCUUUCAUAGAGCGUCUGUUCUAUUUCAGAAUGCCACCGGGAUGCUAAGUGAGUGUCGCUGUGGGAUCAGGAUGGAUUGAAGGUGAAAAACUUUGCCAUUGUUUUCCUUUUGUUGUGCUCAACUUGAUACACAGGCACACACAUGGCGGCUUAUCGCGGUACAAGUGCGAUGGCAGGGGCGCACGUGGAAGAUGCUGCUAUUUUCAGAGCUGUGAUAUGGAGUGAAGCAGACUGAGGCUGCCUGCUGGCUAUUUCCACCCCGCUGUGUACUUGCUGGCUUGACGCCGGUGGCUUGUGAGGACCCGCGGGGGACGGUGGAAAGCAGCACACAGGAGAUGGGACCAAUUUUUGGCCGAGAUGAGCUUCUCUUUCUUCUGCGCACUUUCUUAGCGGACAAACUUGACAGAGAAUGUCGUUAAACAAAAGGCGAAAACUUCCUGUCGUUUUAUGUAUUUUUUUCAUUUUUAACUGCAGCUCAAGUCUCUGAAAUUAAACUGUACUUUAGUGAACUUUUCCUCCUUUUUUAUUUUUAACUCAGCGCGUGACAACCAGCUUCCCUUGUCACUGUGGCAAACAACCUUCAUCAUCAAGAUCAUCAUUCUCCAGGCAGCAUCAGCAACCCAAUCCCUCAGCAGCUUUGCACGUGCACUUCUUUUAAUUUGACUUUAAAUUCGGCGCUUCCCGAUGCUGAUUUAGAAGCUUGAUGUGUUUUCAUCAUCGUCGCUGUCAAGAUGCCGGUGAGACGCGGUCACGUUGCCCUCCAGAACACUUACCUCGAUACCAUCAUCAGGAAAUUCGACGAGCAAAAUCGCAAGUUUGUGAUUGCCAAUGCGCAGAUGAAGAACUGUGGCAUCAUCUUCUGCAACGAGGCCUUCUGUCAGAUGUUCGGCUUCACGCGGGCCGAAAUCAUGCAGCAGCCAUGCACAUGCCAGUUCCUGGUGGGGCCCGGCACCAUGAAGAGCGCCCUGGCGCAGCUAGCUCAGGCCCUCCUCGGCUCUGAGGAGCGCAAGGUGGAGAUCCUCUAUUACGCCAAGGAAGGCACGUGCAGGCCGUGCAUGGUGGACAUCGUUCCAGUGAAGAACGAGGAAGGCGUCGUCAUCAUGUUCAUCCUGGACUUCCAGGAGCUCGUCGACCCGCUGCUCAAGAAGUCCGGAUUCAGGCAGCGAGUCAGUCAAGGCUGGCUCUACUGUCAGAAUCGCAGAUUGAAGAUGCGACUGCCGGUGUUGCGCCCUAUGCGGCGGCAGUCGCUCUCCAAAGAUCAGUUUGAGGGUGUAGUGGUGGACUACUUGCAGCCCAACAGUGAGGAAGUCCCCCUGAAGGAUUUCCGCAUCCCGUCUAAAGAGAGCUGUAUGCAGUCCGAGACUGAGGCCCUUAUAGAGCAAGACCUGGAUCCUCCCUCACUCGCCGCCCAGUCUUGCGCCAAGCGCCGCUCCCUGCUGACGGACCGCCUGGACCUGCCGGGCCUGCCGGUACCUCGGGGGACCAUAUCUCGAAGCAGCUCGCGGGAAAGCAUGCGCAGCCUGCGACGGGCCUCGUCUCUCGACGACAUUGACGGGAUGAAAACAGAGUUGAGCCCUCGGCUCGGAGAUGCCCGGACUAACAGCAAUUUGAAGCCGAGCGGCGCCAACUCCACUUCGGACUCGGACCUGAUGAGGCACCGGGCUAUUGGGCGCAUCCCGCAGGUGACGCUCACCUUCGGCUCGGACCGCGUCAGACCCCCGUCGCCCGGCGAGAUUGAGAUCAUCGCGCCCAGCAAAGUCAAAGACAGAACACAGAAUGUUACUGAGAAGGUGACGCAGGUAACACAGGUUCUGUCGCUGGGCGCUGACGUGCUUCCCGAGUACAAGCUGCAAGCCCCGCGCAUCCACCGCUGGACCAUCUUGCACUACAGCCCCUUCAAGGCCAUGUGGGACUGGCUCAUCCUGCUGCUGGUCAUCUACACGGCCAUCUUCACGCCCUACUCGGCCGCCUUUCUUCUCAACGAGGUGGAGGAGGAUCGGCGGCGGACGUGCGGCUACACGUGCAACCCUCUCAACGUAGUGGACCUGGUGGUGGACGUCAUGUUCAUCGUGGACAUCCUCAUCAACUUCCGGACCACCUAUGUCAACCACAACGAUGAAGUGGUCAGCCACCCGGGACGCAUCGCCCAGCACUACUUCAAGGGCUGGUUCCUCAUCGACAUCGUGGCCGCCAUACCCUUCGAUCUGCUCAUCUUCCGCUCCGGCUCGGAGGAGCCGCAGACCACCACGCUGAUCGGCCUUCUGAAGACGGCGCGGCUUCUGCGUUUGGUGCGGGUGGCCCGCAAGCUGGACCGCUACUCGGAGUACGGAGCGGCCGUGCUCUUCCUGCUCAUGUGCACCUUCGCCCUGAUCGCCCACUGGCUGGCGUGCAUCUGGUACGCCAUCGGCAACGUGGAACGCACCAGCUCGGCCCGCGUUGGGGUCAUGAAGAUCGGCUGGCUGGACAACCUGGCCGAGCAGAUCGGCAAGCAGUACAACGACAGCGACGCGGCGUCGGGGCCGUCCAUCAAGGACAAGUACGUGACGGCGCUCUACUUCACCUUCAGCAGCCUCACCAGCGUCGGCUUCGGAAAUGUUUCGCCCAAUACCAACCCCGAAAAGAUCUUCUCCAUUUGCGUCAUGCUCAUUGGAUCUCUGAUGUACGCCAGCAUCUUUGGCAACGUUUCGGCCAUCAUCCAGAGGCUCUACUCAGGCACGGCGCGGUACCACACGCAGAUGCUGCGCGUCAAAGAGUUCAUCCGCUUCCACCAAAUUCCCGGUGGCUUGCGGCAGCGUCUGGAGGAGUACUUCCAGCACGCCUGGUCCUACACCAACGGCAUCGACAUGAACGCCGUGUUGAAGGGCUUCCCCGAGUGCCUGCAGGCCGACAUCUGCCUGCAUCUGAACCGCACGCUGAUGCAGCAGUGCAAAGCCUUCCGAGGCGCCAACAAAGGCUGCCUGCGCGCCCUGGCCAUCCGUUUCAAGACCACCCACGCCCCGCCCGGCGACACCCUGGUGCACAGCGGCGACAUCCUCACCGCCCUUUAUUUCAUCUCCAACGGCUCCAUCGAGAUCCUGCGCGACGACAUGGUGGUGGCCAUAUUGGGAAAGAACGACAUCUUCGGCGAGUCCGUCAGCAUGUACGGCAGGCCCGGCAAGUCCAGCGCCGACGUGCGGGCGCUGACGUACUGCGACCUUCAUAAAAUCCAGAGGGACGACCUGAUGGAGGUUCUGGACAUGUACCCUGACUUUGCCGACACUUUCUGGCACAACUUAGAGGUCACCUUCAACCUGAGAGAUGCAGAUCGGGUAAAUCUGUCAACGCCAAGCAAGGACUCUGAAUGUGGCUACCGUCGCAGCAGGCACCACAGAGGUUCCCCGCGACGCCACAACCAUGGCGCGGAGCAGGAGGAGACCUACGCCGAGCAGUCUUGUCCAAUGGCCAACCAUCACAAAGUCUCAACGCCGCGCUGGGACGAGCAGUGCAAUAGUGACACUUUUUCAUCCGAGUCCAGCGACGAGGAGAUGAAGCAUAUGAGGCGUAGCAGUAAAAUGGAGCUGUACCCCCCGCCGGCAGGGGAUGCCAGAGACUACCCACCGGCCGUCAUUAACCUCCUGCCGCACGGUAGAUCCGGCCCUGGAAUGGCGAAGCCUAUUGACCUCGCUGGGCCACCAUACUCAGCCACAGUUCCAGUCAGCAUGUCGGGCCUAUACGGCUACUGGCCAGACCGCCGGGCCAGCCAGUAUUCCGAGGCCCAGAGACGCUCGUCGUCUGCGGCCAGGACCACCGGCUUCCAGCCUGUCCCCUGUUCUGAGGACCGGCCCAGUGAGCUCGGGUCAAGACUGGAAGUGCUCCAGUCACAGUUGAACAGACUGGAGAGCCGAAUGACGGCGGACAUCACCGUCAUCCUGCAGCUACUUCAGCGUCAGAUGGCCCCAGUGCCGCCCGCCUACAGCGCCGUAUCACCCAGCCCCCUCCCCACCGCCACCGCCGCCGCCCUGUACGGCAACGCACCGCCGCCCACCCUCUGCACCGUCCCUCCCAUGAUGGACAGCGCCGCUUCGCUGCUACAGACUCCAGAGUCCGAGUCCAAGUCCAAGGACUCGCUGUCCAGCGGGAUCCACGUGACGGCCGCCUCGGACGACACCAUGUCCCUGACGCCGCCCCAGCCUGAGGCUCCGGGGAUCUUGGGCACCGCCCAGCGCUUCCCUUCCCUCCCCGAGCACCUGGAGGUCUCCUCUGAAGUGCCGGAGAUCCAGAGGCACAUCUCGGAUCCAGUCCUGCCGGGAAGCCCUGGGAGCUAGGAGGUGGUUUUUCAGCCCCUGCACCCGUUGGGACCAGCAGAGAGC